AUAUCCAGACCUCGAUCAGGCACAUGCUCUCUAAUGAAUACAAAUAUAUUUCAAAUAUACUGCGAAAAUUUCGAAACGUUAUCGAUUUUCGAUUAUUUGGCUCAGUCCACCAACAGUGAAGCGCGACCGGCAAAUAUAAUUGUUUUUCCCACCUAUCAGUCCGCCGAUCCCAACAAACAAACGAAAUGCAGGACUUCUUCAGCGUGCUGCUGCCGGAUGUGAAGAAGGAGCUGCGUCGCGGCAUCGUCGAGUGCUCCAAGCGCGGCCUGCUGCACACCACCAAGUGGCUGGCGGAGAUGCAUCACGGACUGAAUGACGUGCAGAUUGAUGGCGAGGAGGCCACGGAGGAGGACCGCACCUUCAGCGAGUGCCAGCUGGAGGGCAUCGCUCCGGCAGAGUACAGUGACUACUUCCUGGCCAAGAGCUAUUACGACGUGAGGGAAUACGAUAGGGCCGCUCAUGCGGUUCGCAACUGUGAGUCCAGUGUCCCGCGCUUCCUACACUUCUACUCCACAUACAUGGCGCGUGAAAAGCGCCGGCUGGACUCCACCACCGAUCAGGCGAAUCUCAACGAACCGAAUCAGAUGCGAGACCUAGCAGACUUACUAUCCACAUUGCGCACAGAGUAUGGGAAGAGUCGCCUGGACGGAUAUGGCAUCUACUUGUACGGAGUCGUGCUGAAAGCCUUGAAUCUCAACCAGGCUGCCGAGCAAAUGCUGAUCCAUGCCAUACGCCUGGUGCCGAUGCUGUGGAGCGCCUACCUAGAGCUCUCGCCGCUUAUCAUGGAAAAGAAGAAGCUGCUCAGCCUGCAGCUGGGCGGGCACUGGAUGCGUCAUUUCUUCAUGGCCCACACCUACCUGGAGCUGUACUUGAACGACGACGGCUUGAAGAUCUACGAGGAUCUGCAGGCAUCGGGCUUCAGCAAGAGCAUCUACCUCAUCGCCCAAAUGGCGCUGGUCUAUCACAACAAGCGGGAUGUGGACAAGGCCAUCGAGUUGUAUCAGGCCUUGCUGGACAGCGAUCCCUACCGCCUUGACAACGUGGACACUUACUCCAACCUUCUCUUUGUUAAGGAGAUGAAAACCGAGAUGGCACAGCUGGCCCACAAGGCUGUGAGCAUCAAUAAGUACCGCCCGGAAACGUGUUGUGUUAUAGGAAACUACUACAGUAUUCGGUGUGAUCACCAGGUAGCCAUAUCCUACUUCCAGCGUGCCCUCAAACUAAAUCCCAAGUAUCUUGCUGCGUGGACGCUGAUGGGUCACGAGUUCAUGGAGCUGAAGAAUACCAACGCUGCCAUUCAGAGCUACCGGAAGGCGGUAGAGGUCAACAAGAGGGACUAUCGCGCCUGGUACGGCCUAGGCCAGGCCUACGAGAUCAUCAAGAUGCACUAUUACAGUUUGUACUACUUCAAAAUUGCGCACCAGUUGCGGCCCUAUGACUCGCGAAUGCUGGUGGCACUCGGCGAAACCUACGAGAAGCUGGACAAGUGUGAGAACGCGGUCAAGUGCUACUGGAAGGCCAUCGACGUGGGCGACAUCGAGGGCAUUGCCAUGUACAAGCUGGCCAGUCUGCACGAGAAGCUCGGGGACCAUGAAACAGCAGUCCACUGCUACAUCAUGUACUGCGAAGAUGAACGCGCGGCCACCGACAAGCAGAGCCUCUAUCAGGGAUUCAUCACGCUGGCAAACUACUACGAGAAAAAGGCCGACUACGAAAGAGCGGCCUACUACGCCUACAAGUGCCUGGACUCGGAUGAUCGCAAGACGGAGGCCAAGGCCCUGCUCAAGACUAUCGACUGGAAGCGCAGUGCAGAGUGGAAAAAGACGAAAUCCAAGACAGCCACGACUGUCGCCAACGCAGAAACCAGUUCAGAGGACGAGAUGGAGUGGGAGAAUCCGGACGUGCGAUCUCGCGUGCCUACCACAACGACCACGACCACAGCCGAUGUGGCUGGGCCAAGCUCUUCAACGUCCAGCACCACUCGGUCUGGUCGUUCGUUGGCGGAGGGACUGCGUCGAUCUCAGCCCAACCGGUCAAGCAUGAAUCCAGGAGCCAGUAGUACCGCAACUAACACGACCUCCUCGGCAACGGAAACUUCAAAUGCCGCGGAUGAAACACCCAGAACAUCAAGUGGCGGAGAAAAUCCUAGCGCGGAGCAGCAGCCCUCGGAUGAUGGAAGUUCAAUGGAAAUAUCCAGUGUCUCCAUCGAUUAGAUUGCAGUGUAGAAUUAAUUUUCGUUUUUAUCAGUUAUAUAUGAAAAUUUAACAAAAUCCACUAGUCCGGUCGCCAAGCAAUGGAUUAGGUUAAAGUUACAUCAUUAAUAGACCAUAUUUGGUUUUAAACAACAAAUUUUAUAUAUUUAAAUAAAAAUCUUAAAAUGUCUCGCGCACA